CCGGCUCCCCUCUGCCAGUCCCAAGCGCGUCUCUUAUCAAAGAAACACACCAACUGCAUUGAAUCAUAACAUUAUCAUGCGGACUGUUUCUUUUUCAUGGCACUUUUGUUUGUUUUUCGCUCUCUUAUUUACUGGCAGGUUUGCGGGAGGCAAUGGGGUCCCAGAUGCUGAUGAAUGUGCCGAAGGGACAGACGACUGCCACAUUGAUGCAAUAUGUCAAAAUACACCUAAAUCUUACAAAUGCAUCUGUAAACCGGGUUAUAAAGGAGAAGGGAAACAAUGUGAAGAUAUUGACGAGUGUGAAAAUGACUUCUACAAUGGGGGUUGUGUCCAUGAGUGCAUCAACAUUCCAGGCAACUACAGGUGCACGUGCUAUGAUGGGUUCAUGUUGGCCCAUGACGGUCACAACUGUCUUGACGUUGAUGAGUGUCUGGAUAACAAUGGAGGAUGCCAACAGAUUUGUGUAAACACAAUGGGCAGCUAUGAGUGUCAAUGCAAGGAGGGUUUUUUCCUCAGUGAUAACCAGCAUACCUGUAUUCACCGCUCCAAUGAGGGUAUGAACUGUAUGAACAAAGAUCACGGGUGUGCACAUAUCUGCCGGGAGACGCCCAAAGGUGGGGUUGCCUGUGAAUGUAGGCCUGGCUUUGAGCUUGCCAAAAACCAGAAGGACUGCAAAUUAACCUGUAACUAUGGAAAUGGAGGCUGCCAACACACCUGUGAUGACACAGAUACUGGUCCUGUGUGUGGUUGUCAUCAGAAGUAUGCCCUGCACUCAGAUGGCCGAACAUGCAUCGAGAAGGAUGAGGCUGCAAUUGAGAGUUCUGAGUACAAUGCCACGUCAGUAGCUGAUGUGGACAAGAGGGUGAAACGGCGGCUACUUAUGGGACAACAUCUUGAUAUGCAGGACCCAUGUAUAUUCCUUAACAUAACUGGAGAAACAUGUGCUGUCAAUAACGGAGGCUGUGAUCGUACUUGCAAGGAUACGGCGACAGGGGUACGUUGCAGUUGCCCAGUUGGAUUUACCCUGCAGCCUGAUGGGAAAACAUGCAAAGACAUUGACGAGUGCUUGGUAAACAAUGGUGGCUGUGACCAUUUCUGCCGAAAUACUGUUGGUAGCUUUGAAUGCAGCUGCCAGAAGGGCUAUAAACUACUAACAGAUGAACGAACCUGCCAAGAUAUAGAUGAGUGCUCAUUCGAAAGGACUUGUGACCAUACCUGCAUCAACUACCCAGGAAGUUUCGAAUGUCUCUGUCACAAAGGCUACACCUUGUACGGCAUGACACACUGUGGAGAUGUUGAUGAAUGUAGCAUCAACAACGGUAGCUGCGACCAUGGGUGCAUUAAUACAAUGGGGAGCUAUGAGUGUGUCUGUCCACCUGGAAAGAAGCUUCACUGGAAUAAAAAGGACUGUGUUGAGAUGGUGAAAUGCCUCCCAAAUGCCAAACCAGCUCCUAAGGCUCAACUUGUCUGUAGUAAAUCAGGAGGAAUAGAGAGCUGCUUUUUGUCAUGCCCUUCCAAUACACUUUUUGUUCCAGAUUCAGAGAAUAGUUACACACUGAGCUGUGGAGUUCCAGUCCAGCAAGGCAAAGCCCAACAGAAACGCAACACAACACUUCCCAGUUGUGCAGAUUCAUUAGCCCCACCGAUCAAGCAGAAAGCUCGCUUUAAAAUUAAAGAUGCAAAGUGCCAUUUACGGCCUCGCAGCAAAGAAAAGAUUAAAGACAUUGGGAAGCAAGCUAUUAUAGGAGGUCAAUUCCCUUGUACAGACAACUGCCAGGUGACCUUUGUGAACCUCAAGUGUGAUUCCUCCAAGAAAAAACGUCGGGGCCGCAAGUCACCAUCGAAAGAAGUGUCCCAUAUCACUGCUGAAUUCGAAGUGGAGAUGAAGUCUGAGGAAGUCUCAGACACCUGUAACCUUGACUGUGUGCGGAAAAGGAUGGAGCAGAAGCUGCAAACUGCAAUCAAAACGUUGAGAAAAUCUAUUAACAAACAGCAAUUUUACAUUCAGUUUUCUGGGACAGAGUACGAAGUGGCUCAUAAGCCAGCUAAGGCUACUGAAGGACAUGAAGCAUGCAGUACAGGGCAAGUGCUGCAGGAUGGAAAAUGUGUUACCUGCAGCCUGGGAACCUAUUAUAGUGGAGAACAUAAUCAGUGCCUUCCUUGCUCACCAGGAACAUACCAAGACACAGAAGGUCAACUUACUUGUGAACCUUGCCCAAGUAACGACGGACAGGGAAUAGCAGGCGCACGGAAUGUGUCAGAAUGUGGAGGGCAGUGUUCUCCUGGGUAUUUCUCUUCAGACGGCUUUAAACCUUGUAGUGUGUGCUCUCUUGGUACAUAUCAACCUGAGCCAGGCAGGACCCUUUGUUUUCCAUGUGGCGGUGGGCUGGUGACAAAAUAUGAAGGCGCUGUUUCAUUUCAGGACUGUGAAACAAAAGUUCAUUGUUCUCCUGGUCACUACUACAAUUCCACAACACACAGAUGUAUUAGAUGUCCUGUUGGAACCUACCAGCCUGAAUUUGGUCAAAAUUACUGCAUUAGCUGCCCUGGGAAUACAAGUACAGAUUUUGAUGGCUCUACUAAUGUUACACACUGUAAAAACCAGCACUGUGGAGGGGAACUUGGAGAUUAUACAGGCUAUAUCGAGUCUCCCAAUUAUCCUGGUGAUUACCCAGCUAAUGUUGAAUGCAUUUGGAAUAUAAAUCCACCCCCGAAGAGGCGAAUACUCAUUGUGGUUCCUGAGAUAUUUCUUCCAAUUGAAGAUGAGUGUGGUGAUGUUUUAGUAAUGAGAAAAAGUGCCUCCCCUACGUCAAUUACCACAUAUGAAACAUGUCAGACGUAUGAGAGACCAAUAGCAUUUACCUCCAGAUCACGAAAGCUAUGGAUUCAGUUUAAAUCAAAUGAGGGAAACAGUGGCAAAGGAUUUCAAGUCCCAUAUGUGACAUACGAUGAGGAUUACCAACAGCUGAUAGAAGACAUUGUUCGAGAUGGACGACUAUAUGCAUCAGAAAAUCAUCAAGAAAUUCUAAAAGACAAGAAAUUGAUCAAAGCUCUCUUUGAUGUAUUGGCACAUCCUCAAAACUAUUUCAAGUACACAGCACAAGAGUCAAAGGAGAUGUUUCCACGAUCAUUUAUAAAGCUACUGCGAUCAAAAGUUUCCAGAUUUCUACGACCAUACAAAUAGCUUCUUAGUGAUAUUCAAUUUGGGGUUAUUUUGCAUUCCUGUCAAAUAUUGUAUUUUACUCCACAGUAGAAACAUUUGCUAAUUGGAAGGCUAUUUUUUGCAGUCUUUAUUUUCAAUUAUAUAUUGAAGAAUAACUAUAAUGUUUUAUAAUUGUUAAAAGCCAAUAUUCUGAAUGGGAUUUUUACUUCAAAGAAGAAUACUUGUGGAUCCUUGAGUGCAUCCAAUUGAAGAUCCAAAUUUGUGUCUGCACUAGUGUGUCUUCAUGUUUCAUUUGAAAAUGUUUGUUUUAGAAAAUAUAUUUUCUAAGCCUUUUUAUUUUCUAGCAAAAAUAGUUUUCUUCUAAGCAAAGAAGAAACCUAUUCAACCUGGUUAAACAAACUACCUGUUUUGUGAUAGAAAGGAGUAUGUAGCAUAAAUACUAUUUGGAUUUUGAAUUGCACUUGAACUUUAUAUUUGAAAUUUUAGAAGAAAGCAAAAAAAAAUCUAAAUUUUGUUAUUUCCCAUUUGUGGUUUUGUGGAGACUUUGUUCUAGUAUAAACCACAAAAAAAAGGGGGAAAAAAAGGGGGAAAAAAGGAAAUGGAUGUAUAAUUUUGUUUUAUGGAUUAUACAAGAUUGAAUCCCAUGCCCUCUCUGUUUUAUCUGCCCUAUUAUAGCCUUCUUCAAAGGUCUACCAGUACUUGUCCUGCUGCGGAUACAGUCAUGGAAUUUUGUAUGCCAUUGGGUCUCUUUGAAGACUUUUACAAUAGGGUGGAUGAGAAACAAAGAAAAAAAAGUAGU